GGCGCAGGCGCAGUUCCGGCGGGGCGCGGGGCGCUGAGCCGGCGGCGGGAGCGCGGCCGGGGCCAUGAGCCGCCGAGGCGCGGUGCAGCGCAAGGUGCCGUGUCUGUUCGUGACCGAAGUGAAGGAGGAGCCGUCGGCCAAGCGGGAACGCCAGCCAUUUAAAGUUUUGGCAACUGAAACUCUAACUGGAAAGGCGUUAGAGGCAGAUAUAUACAAUGCAAUUCCUACUGAAAAGGUGGACGGAACCUGCUGUUAUGUAACUACCUAUAAAGGGCAACCAUAUCUAUGGGCGAGGCUGGAUCGAAAACCCAACAAACAAGCUGAAAAAAGAUUUAAACGAUUCUUGUAUUCAUUGGAAGAUUGCAAAGAAUUUGUUUGGAAUGUUGAAGAGGAUUUCAAGCCUGUUCCAGAUACUUGGAUUCCAGCAAAGGACAUAGAGUUCUCUAAUGGCAGUCCUUUGCCCGAUGAAAAUGGACAUAUGCCAGGUUGGGUACCUGUGGAGAAGAAUAGUAAGCAGUAUUGCUGGCACUCAUCUGUUGUAAAUUAUGAUGCUGAAAUAGCGCUGGUAUUGAAACACCAUGCUGACCCAGGCCUUCUGGAAAUCAGUCCGGUGCCAUUAUCAGAAAUUUCAGAACAAACAUUGGAGCUUAUUGGCACUAAUAUUAAUGCAAAUCCAUAUGGAUUAGGAAGCAAGAAGCAACCUAUACAUCUUCUUGUACCCCAUGGAGCAUUUGAAAUAAAGAACCCACCUACUUUGAAACAAAAUGACAUACUGUCUUGGUUUGAAGGCUGCAGCGAGGGUAAAGUUGAAGGAAUUGUGUGGCACUGCCAUGAUGGGUGUUUAAUCAAGCUCCAUCGUCAUCAUCUUGGUUUACGCUGGCCGCUUGCAGAGACAUACCUGAAUUCUCAGCCUGUUGUAAUUUCUUUUAAUACAACUAAGUAUGACUCUGACUUUGAACCUAAGAGUUUGUUUCACCAUUUCUCAAACUUGGAUGGUCAAAGAUUUGACAGACUGAAAGAUAUCAAGUUUGAUGCUUGAAAUGAUUUUUCUCUUUUAAUUGUUGUAUGUGCUGCAUUCCUCUUGUGUCUACCACAGAACUCUUUACAACUAAUCUUCUAUCUUGGGCAACAGCCUAGGUACUGUACAACUUUACAUUUUUCCAAUGACUUACUUUACAUAACAAGAGAUCUGACUUCCAGAGUAGAGAUCUAGCUUUCCACAUGUUUCAGUUAUGAAAAAUCCGUAACUUUUGAACUCAUUUCUGGAAACUGUUAUAAUUAAGUGUAAGAAGUAUGUUGUCUAACACUGGCUGGUCCUUAGCUGAUGAAUGCAAUCAACUGUUAAAAGUUCCACAGGUUGCCCUCUAUAGUUAAUACAACACUGUAAUAUAUAUGAUUCAGAUUUAAGAUCUAGUUGGUAACAGUAAAGGACAUACUGAAGGUGGGACCAGAUUAGUCCUGAACUUUUAUGAUUUUUAAGUUGUAACAAUUUCUUUUUGGGGAAAACUUCACUGUAUUGUUUGACUGAUAAGCUAUGGCAUUAUGCUAUUACUUGAAAACCCAAUUAAGCUAUAUCCUGCAGGUACUUCCCCUAUUUUGGGACAAAAAGAGUAAAUAAUAGAAAAGUAUACUAGUUCUAUUUUGGAGAUCCUUCGUAAUUAGAGAGAGACAUGACUUGGGUUAAUAAUACCCAUUUUCAGACUGCAGCUCAAUUAGGAAACUUCAUUGGGGCAUAUUAAGUAAGAUGCCAUAUAAAUAAUAAAGGUGAGAGUGCAUGAU